CCCUCCUGGUGUUUUGUGGUGAGUCCAACUAAGGUGCCUACAAAUGCUCCAUGGCUAAGAGAAAAGCUGAAGAACAGAUUUCAGGUGUUCCUGUCAACAAAAGGAAGUCUCUGCUAAUGAAGCCUCGCCACUACAGUCCCAGCCUGGAAUGCAAAGAGGAAAAUGAAGACAGGACAGAUUUACAGGAGAAUAUUGGUGUCCUCGAUAGCAAUUCAAUUCCAGAGGAAAAGAUUGCAAAACCAUGUGAGGAAACCCUUCAUUCAGGUGGGCAAGAAAAUUCCAGUCAAAGAAAAGAUAACUACGCCAGUUACCAAGAUGCCAUGGCCAAAUCUUUGAUGAACAGUGGAAAAAUUGCAAAAGAUGCACCCAGUCAAGCAGUGGCAGAAAAUCUAAAUGACAGUGGCAUUCAAUCCUUAAAAACAGAAAGUGAUGACACUGAUGAAUGUUACAUGAUUGACUCAGCUGAAAGAAAAGAAAAGACUGUUAUUUCUGACCCAAAAUAUUGUUCAUCUGAGGAAAACGAAAGCAACUCUGAAAUGAUGGAAAACGAGUGGGACAGCUCCUCAAAUUUUUCAGAAGAAACUAGUGAAAAGCCCCAUGUAACUCAGAAAUAUAUUGCAGAGUGUAAUCAACCUAGCAUCUUGGAAGUCCCUGAAAUUAAGAAGGAGGAGGUAGAAUUUGAGCCUUGUGAAACACUUUGUGAUUCAGAAGCAGAGCUAAGAGCACCCCAGGAGUCUCACCCAGAUUCUUUUGAGAAGAGAAUGCAGAAUGUGUUCCCUGAAAGUGAAGAAGAUGACAACGAGUGCCUGUCAGAAACCACAGAAAUGUCAGUUGAACUGGACAAAGCAAAAGGGAACUUGAGUUUGCUAGAAGAAGCAAUAGCUCUGCAGGCAGAGCAAGGGCAUGUGUUUCACAGCACCUACAAGGAACUCGAUAGGUUUCUCCUGGAGCAUCUAGCGGGGGAGAGAAGACAAACCAAAGUUAUUGACGUUGGUGGGAGACAGCUAUUUAGCAACAAACACUCACCCAGGCCUGAAAAGAGAGAAACCAAAUGUCCCAUCCCAGGAUGUGAUGGCACAGGGCAUGUGACUGGGCUGUACCCCCACCACCGCAGUCUCUCAGGCUGUCCUCACAAAGUUAGAGUGCCACUAGAAAUUCUUGCCAUGCAUGAAAAUGUUUUAAAGUGCCCCACUCCAGGAUGCACUGGAAGAGGACACGUCAACAGCAAUCGCAACACACACAGAAGCCUUUCUGGUUGUCCAAUUGCUGCAGCUGAAAAGUUGGCAAUGUCCCAGGAAAAAAACCAGCUCGAGUCUCCAAAAGCAGGGCAGUGCCAUGAUCAAACUCACAGCACAAAUUUGACUAAGCAGCUUGAAGUAGCUCAGUACAAUUACAGAACUUCACAACCUGUCGCUUCCUCCAGAACCACCCUCACAAAAGAAAAGGAGAAGUUUGGGAAAGUACCCUUUGAUUAUGCCAGCUUUGAUGCACAAGUCUUUGGCAAACGCACAAUAGCACCUACAGUGCAAGGGCGAAAAACACCACAGUUCCUUGAAUCAAAGCAUUUUUCAAAUCCAGUGAAAUUUUCUAAUCGACUGCCUAGUGCUAGCGCCCACACACAGAGCCCUUGCCAUGCCAACUCUUAUAGCUACGGUCAAUGUAGUGAAGACACCCACAUAGCAGCAGCUGCUGCUAUCCUGAACCUUUCCACCCGCUGCAGGGAAGCAGCAGAGAUCCUCUCCAACAAACCACAGAGUCUGUCUGCCAAGGGAACUGAGAUAGAAGUGGAUGAAAAUGGCACUCUGGAUUUGAGCAUGAAAAAGAACCGAAGCCAAGACAAAGUUACGCCUCUCACUUCUUCCAGUACAGUACUUCCCACUCCUUCCUCUUCUCCUUUCAAAACAAGCAGCAUCUUGGUAAAUGCAGCCUUCUACCAGGCUCUUUGUGAGCAAGAAGGCUGGGACACACCAAUCAACUACAGCAAGACACAUGGCAGGAAAGAAGAAAAGGAGAAAGACACAGUGAGUUCUCCAGAAAACAUGGAAGAAAAAAAGUAUCCAGGAGAAGUCUCCAUACCAAGUCCUAAACCCAAGCUCCAUUCAAGAGAUCUCAAAAAGGAACUCAUCACCUGUCCAACUCCAGGAUGUGAUGGUAGCGGUCACGUAACAGGAAACUAUGCCUCACACCGCAGUGUUUCUGGGUGCCCACUAGCUGACAAGACAUUAAAAUCCCUUAUGGCUGCUAACUCUCAGGAGCUUAAGUGCCCAACACCUGGUUGUGAUGGUUCUGGCCACGUGACUGGGAACUAUGCAUCACACAGAAGCUUAUCUGGUUGUCCCCGUGCCAGAAAAGGUGGUAUCAAAGUGACUCCUUCCAAGGAUGAAAAAGAAGACCCUGAACUUAAAUGCCCAGUGAUAGGCUGUGAUGGCCAAGGUCACAUAUCAGGUAAAUACACUUCUCAUCGCACUGCUUCUGGUUGUCCUUUGGCUGCCAAGAGACAGAAGGAGAGUCCCGUCAAUGGGUCUUCACUAUCCUGGAAACUGAACAAACAAGAGCUGCCACACUGUCCUUUGCCAGGCUGCAACGGGCUGGGUCAUGUUAAUAAUGUUUUUGUCACCCACAGAAGUCUAUCUGGUUGUCCUCUGAAUGCACAAGCCAUAAAAAAGGGCAAAAUUUCGGAAGAGUUAAUGACUAUCAAGCUUAAAGCAAGUGGUGGUAUUGAGAGUGAUGAAGAAAUCAGACAUUUGGAUGAAGAAAUAAAAGAACUGAAUGAAUCCAAUCUUAAAAUUGAAGCUGACAUGAUGAAACUUCAAACCCAGAUCACGUCUAUGGAGACCAACCUGAAAACAAUAGAAGAAGAGAACAAACUCAUAGAGCAGAACAAUGAGAGCCUGUUGAAGGAGCUAGCUGGUUUAAGCCAAGCCCUCAUCUCCAGCCUUGCUGACAUUCAGCUUCCACAGAUGGGGCCAAUCAGUGAGCAGAAUUUCGAAGCAUAUGUAAAUACACUCACAGACAUGUACAGCAAUCUGGAACGGGACUAUUCCCCCGAAUGCAAAGCUCUGCUGGAAAGUAUCAAACAGGCAGUGAAGGGCAUCCAUGUGUAGGAUGUGAAAGCUGCUGGGCAACAGAAAUUACUUAACAG